AUGCGAUCCCAACGACUAGUUAUUCUUCUGGCCAUUGUUGUUCUUGCAUCUAUAUCCCUCAUCUUACUCCGUUCCGAAGACAACCCUGAACCCACACCCCCAACUUCAUACGGAUCUGAAGUUUUACCCCCGGAGAAGGUGCAUCCUAUCUCGCAUUUGAUCCAGGAUGCACAACUGUCCUUUGAUCAUGUGCAGUCUCGCCAAUCCACAAACCUGGCCGAGGCCGUACAGGAAUACGAACGUCGCUACAAGAUGCACCCGCCACCCAAUUUUGACAAGUGGUUCAAGUUCGCUCAGUCUAAGGGGGUGCAACUAAUUGACGAGUUUGACACGAUAUACCACUCCCUGCUCCCAUUCUGGGCCCUGAAGCCACAAACCAUACGUUCACGUGCUCGGGAGACACUAGGUUUUGAUAAUGCAGUGAUAGGUGUUCUGAUACGGGAUGGGAAAGUCACAUUGACGGACGGCGGCGGAGAUGGUGGUAGGUGGCAGCGUGAAGCUACGGUCGGCAUGAUGGAGAACUUCGUGCGGUAUCUACCUGACAUGGACCUGGUGUUCAAUCUUCAUGACGAGCCACGGGUUGUUAUCCCUGGUGAUGAUCUUCGGCGCCUUGUACAGAUUGCGACAGACCGCAUAAUUCCGGCUUCCUUUACGCGCGAUAGUCCGAUAAACGCUUGGUCAACCCGAGCUCCAGAUGUGAACAAGGGUGAUCGUAUCGACGAAGUGCGCACGACGCGUUUCAACCGUUUUGCUCACCAGCCGACCUGGUCCAACUCCCGCAUGUCCUGCCCAGUCGAUAGCCCUGCACGAUCCCUCGAAGAAGAACAACCGGACAAUUCUGAACCAUACGCUCUCGGUGAACUGGGCUUCAUAUACAACACCACAUCCUUUUCCGACAUAUGCUUUACCCCCUCCCUUCGUUCCACAUACGGAUUCUUCGACCGUCCCAAUGCAUUUGACAUCGUUCACGAUCUAUUCCCUAUAUUUUCUCAGAGCAAAAUCUCUAGCUUCCAAGAUAUCGUUUACCCUAGCCCUUGGUAUUGGGCAGACAAAGUGCCAUAUGAAAAGGCGAAGGAUUUUGACUGGGAAGCUAAGACCAACCGCAUGUACUGGCGUGGCUCAACCACCGGUGGCUUCUCUCGAGCAGGUGGUUGGCGUCGCCAACAUCGGCAGCAGUUCGUUGACAAUGUCAACUCCCUGGGUACAACCGAGAUUCUGGUCCAGCAGCAGGACGGCUCGUGGGUCUCGCAGGAGGUCAAGAAGGACCAAUUUAAGGAUUUAUUUGAUGUCAAAUUCACAUUUAUCGGACAGUGUGAUCCCGACGACUGCCAUGCACAGGAGGAAUAUUUCGAGGUGGCCAGAGCGGCAGGACAACAAGAUGCGUGGGCACAUAAGUUUUUGGUUGAUGUAGAUGGCAAUGCCUUCAGUGGACGAUUUUACGCUUUUCUACAUAGCAACAGCUUUGUCUACAAAAUCGCCAUCUUCCGCGAGUGGCAUGAUGAGUGGCUUAAGCCGUGGGUGCACUACGCGCCUCUCAGCCUGAAGGGUAACGAACACGCUGAGAGCAUGCGAUACUUUGUAUCAGAAGAUGAUGGCAAAAGGGCAGCUCCCCAGAUCGCCGCUCAAGGUCAAGAUUGGGCCCAAAAAGUGUUGCGGAACGAAGAUUUGGAGGUUUGGUUUUUCCGUCUACUUCUCGAAUAUGGUCGUCUUGUGGACGACAACCGAGAAAACAUUGGCUUCUCGCUAUGA